GCGAUAGGGAGGAGAUACAGUGGGUACAAGGCGCAGGAGCUCAUUCAUCUCGUUCUUGAGUCCAAACACAGCACCAGAGCUGAAGUACUUUUCACUUCAACUUUUUUAUUUUACCGCCGAUUCAAUUUCCUUCACUUAACUUUUUUUCCCCCUUUUACUACUUUUGCACCUGCCCAGAGGAUAGCGGUGCAUCCGACCCGCCUCCUCAGUGCGCCGGUGCCGGGAGUUGGACUGCCGAGCAGCGCAGGAGAGCUCCCCCGCGAAUCGCGUGCAGGCAUAUGGGAGAAUUACUGCUGCUUUGUCCUUGCGCACCUGAACCUUUUGGGGAUUCAUGAAAGGCGUUUUAAAGGCCAAUUAAGACUCGCAGUCAGCUGGAAUUUAAAGAGACAAACAGGGACUCGAUUGCAUUUAUUUUUAUAACGAGGUUUGCACUUUGGGCAAGUUCGCAGGAUGGCCCCACCUGACUGCUUCAACCAGGUCGCUGUCAUCUUGUGUUUUUUAUCUCUAACAUUAGGACAUUUGGAGAGCGCAAACUCGCUCAGGAUUCAUCCCUCCGGCAAUCCAAUCGUUCUUCAUAAAGGCAAUUUGUUAAACCUCACCUGCAGAGGUCACGGUGUCUUCAGCUGGACACUCGCCAAGCGGUCGAUCUCAUCGCAGGGAGUGAAGGUGGAGAAGUGUGAUUCAAGACCUCACCGUCAGUCUCACUGCAGCAGACUGAUAGUCACACACCUGAUUGCCAGUGACACUGGGACUUACACCUGUAAAUACACCAAGGAUGGUUCAGACCAAAUCAAAUCCACCUAUGUGUAUGUAAAAGAUCCCGACCAGCCAUUUGUGGAGCCUGUUAAAUAUGAUGUUCUUGGCAUCUACAGGCAUGAGACCAGCCUUGUUGUCCCGUGUCGGACAUCCUCACCUGAUAUUGACGUAACACUGACAGGGGCGCCAAGUUUAACUGAGAAGAUUACAAAGGAAAUGGUGUGGGAUCCAAUGGUUGGGUUCAGGAUCCCCUACGGUGCCAACGAUUCAUACAACAUACUGACAUGUCAUGCCAAAGUCAACAGCCAAGUGUUCAAGUCAGAAUACCUUCCUAGUAGACUGACUGAUGUCCUUAAAAAUGUGAGGAUUACUCCAGAUAACAACCGUGUUAAAAUCUUGGCUGGAGACACCCUCAUCCUCAACUGUAGUGGGGAGACCACCUAUAAUGGAAGAAUCAACUUCACCUGGCAUUUUCCAAAGGACAAAGAAAAACGGCAUAGUAUAAUCAAGUCCCUACUCAGACCUUCUAAGAACCUUAUAAUGAGUAACACUUUAGUGUUGCCAAACAUUACCAUGGAGGAUAAGGGAAUCUAUCAUUGCAAAGCUGAGCUGAAUCCCAAAGUAAAUGAUACUGCCACGGCAAAAGUUGUUGUCUAUGAGCAUCCAUUUCUUAACAUUUCCUCUAAGAAUGGACAGCAUAGAACAGUCACUGAAGGUGUAAGGAAGAUUGUGUUUGAACCCAGGGUCAUCGCUUUGCCACCACCAGACAUGAUAGCAUGGUACAAGGAUGGGGUUCCUAUCAUGAAGAAUUCCACUUGUUACAAGAUGUCUGAUUUUAGCUUGGCCAUCACUGAUGUGCAGGAGAAGAAUUCUGGCGUGUUCACCGUAAGCCUGGGCAACAGAGCGAAGGGGCUGUACAGGAAUCUCAGCUACGUUCUGGAAGUCACAGUGAAGCCAAGUAUUUCAGAGGCGGAGCUUGCUACUGUGGACGUGCAACCUUACAUGUCGGGCAAACAGCAUCACCUAACCUGCACUGCUUAUGGCCUGCCGUUGCCAAUCAUCACUUGGCACUGGCAACCAUUUCACUCAGAACCGAAGUUUAAAAAUGAUUUGGAGCCAGUCUUUGUCAGAGUGGAUGAAAGGAAAAAUGAUUCCUACAACUGGAUUAAAAACAUAAACACGAAUUCUCAACUAGUUAAAGGAAAAAACAAGACUGUGAGUACCCUGGUGAUCGGAGAUGCACGUGUUUCAGGACGAUUUUACUGUAAGGCUGAGAACGACAUUGGCAGCGCCUACAUUACAGUGCCUUUCUAUGUUGAUGUUCAGCAACCAGCACAUUAUAAGAUGGGUCCAUCGAUCAUCAUUGAUCCCGAUGAGUAUCCCCUCGAGGAGCAGAAUGAUUUGCUUCAGUAUGACGGCAGCAAGUGGGAGUUUCCUCGUGAUCGCCUACAACUAGGCAAAACACUCGGCCAUGGAGCUUUUGGAAAAGUGGUCGAGGCUUCUGCUUUUGGGAUCGACAAGCUCUCAACCUGCAAGACUGUUGCAGUCAAAAUGCUGAAAGGAGGCGCUACGUCAAACGAGCGAAAGGCUCUGAUGUCAGAGUUAAAGAUCCUGAUCCACAUUGGCCAUCACCUCAAUGUGGUUAACCUGCUGGGAGCCUGCACGAAACCUGGCGGACCGUUGAUGAUGAUAGUGGAGUUCUGCAAAUAUGGAAAUUUGUCCAACUAUUUGAGGGGCAAGAGAGACGACUUUCUCGUCUACAAAAGCCCGGAUGGUAAGGUGGUUUCAUCAGGAUUGGGCUGCGAACUCAGCGAGCUGAUGAAGCGCCGCUUGGAGAGCGUGGCCAGCACCGGAAGCUCUGCGAGCUCUGGUUUUAUCGAAGAUAAGAGCUACUGUGACUCAGAGGAAGAGGAAGAAGGUAAAAGCCAAGCAUGUCUUGCUUCCCUUCAACCCCCGCACUCCUCUCUCCUCCCCACUUGUCCCUCCUGCUGUCCCCCUUCUUCUCCCCCUCCUCCUCUCACCUCUGCUCCACCCCUUCUGCCCAGGAAUGAAAGCUCCCUUCAGAUUGUUUUUCAGUCUGAGUCUGAUGGGACAUUUCCUCCUCCUGUUCAGCAGUACAAUCAGUGCAGCAGGAGCGACUGUCACCCCACUGAGUCUGGGGAGGCGUCUGUUUAUUUCCUCUCCGCCAUUUUUGACAAGAUCUACACAACUCAGAGUGAUGUUUGGUCCUUCGGUGUUCUCAUGUGGGAGAUCUUCUCUCUGGGUGCCUCCCCAUACCCGGGCGUCCAGAUCGAUGAAGAAUUUUGCUGCAGACUCAAAGAGGGAACCAGGAUGAGAGCGCCAGAAUAUGCUUCCUCUGAAAUAUAUCAGACCAUGCUGGACUGCUGGCAGGGGGAGCCACAGGAGAGGCCGACCUUCACUGAGCUGGUGGAAAGGCUGGGAGACUUGCUUCAGGCCAGUGUGCAACAGGAGGGUAAGCACUACAUACCCAUCAACACAGCCUUGCUGGCAAAGGUGGGAGACCAGACUGUUGCAGUAUCGUCAGAGGAGACACGGCCAACCUCCCACCGCGACUCGGGGAGCAACUGGACUAUUAAGAUCCGUCCCGCCAGCGUAAAAACCUUUGAUGAGGUUAUGAUGGAGGACGGAACAAGUGAGAACCACGAGGGUCAUUCAGACAGCGGGAUGGGCCUUUUGUCUGACAACAUGAAGACACUAAUGCGCUUUGAGUCGUUGGCAGGCCGACCUCUGAGCAUCAUGGCUCUGGCGAUGAAGGCAGCGAGUAAGAGUAAAGAGUCCAUGCUGUGUGACGCAGAGAAGGAGAAAUACCAGCCCAUCGUCCCCCCUCUGGACUUCAGUCUGGACGACUCGUCUCUAGACGCCAGCCUCGAGUGUCACAGCCCGCCGCCUGACUAUAACUCCGUGGUGCGCUACUCCACCCCUCCUGUGUAACUUCCCGUUUUGUCCCUGGAGAAUCUGAGAGUGACAACCUCAAGGCCUUUUGCUUCGCCCUCCUCUGUUUUGACUGUUAUCUCCGGACCGUUUCUCUAGCAACACUUGAGUGUGAAAUACGAAAGGACGCUCAUGAAUCAGCUUGACCGUGAUUUUUUUUUUUUCUUCCAACUUCAAGGAAGGCUGUUAACUGGUGACUUCUCUCCAGUUUGAAGGCAACAUUAAAGCUGCUGGUCCGGUCCACGUUCACUGUAAUAUGGCAAACAGCUAAAAACAGGCUCAGGUAUUUCUUUGAUCUACUGUGAAACAAACCGCAAUGAUUUCACUUUGAACAAGCUACAGUGUUUAGAGAUGAAAAAGCCUUAAAAGACAAGAAAGAGGACUCCUUAGACCUUUCAAAUUCAGACCAAAAACCUUUUUUUUAAAAAAAAAAAUAAUAUAUAUAUAGGUUAACUUUAUUGGAAAAAAUAAAAACUGUAAUUUGUGAAAUAGUUUUUGUAAUCCGGCUCCGUUGUCUCAUACGAAGGUUUGUUUUUGCUCAAAACAAAAAGCAGAGAGUGGAGCGCAUUAAUUAUGAACAGUCUCUUUUGAGGUCAUGGCUCCUGUGAUCUCAUCAAAUAUUCAGCUCAACUAACUCAGGUUGACCAAGAGUGAUAGAGAAGAAGGGUACUCUGGAUCUCUCUUGGGUUUCAGAAAAUCACAGGUUAAUGGGGGGAACAGGGUAGAGCUGAGAGUAAGAACAGACAGCUUCAGAUUUGACAGUCUGACUAUGGACUCAUUAAAGUUACUGUAUAUACAGACUCAUCCACCUCCUUUUCCAGCCAGGUAUUAAAGAAAUGAUUUUUCAUUUGAAAUUAGUCCAGCUAAAAACAAAAAAAAAGCGUAUUUUUCUUCUGUACAGACAUAGUUAGAAACAUCAUAGGAACAGUUUAUUCAAGAGACCACUAGUUAAACUAAUAGAGUAUUUAUAAACUGAAGACACUGUCACUUAGUAAUCCAGCUCUGUUGUUUAUAUACAUUCAUAUUUUAAGUUAACCAAAGAAUUUUCCAGCUCAGUCUUCCUGAUAUCACCAUGCAAUAUCCUGGUGUUGAAUUCCAGACAUUAUAUGCUGUUUGUGCUGCUGCGUUCACUGAUAAUAACGCUGAGGGAACCUGCUUCUGCAUCUUGUUGUAGUGAAGCUUGUGGUGCGGGCUAUCAAAACUCUAUGUGUGUGAGAGAGAGGUCCGCUCAGUGCGCAACAUCACCAAUGUUUAAAAGCACAUUGAGCUUAUCUUUAUGUUGCGAUACAGCAAACACGCCCCGUGGAAAUGCAGCUAGCUCAUGCCCAUUAACCACUGCAGAAACAGUGUUUGUCAGCGAGUAAACUAAAGUGAAUAUUUUGAUCAUUUCCUGAUGAUGUUUUGUUUGUGUGAGAGGAGAGGAAGUAAUUAUGCACUGAUGCUUUAUAUCAAGUAUAUGGUUUUGUAUUUUAAAGGUGUAUUAUUAGGAACAUAUGUUGACAAACACAUGUUUAAAAUUAUUUUUUUCUUUUUUUGUUUGUUUUUUGUUUAAGUAGGAAUUAACACUUCUGUUAUUUGUUGCAUUAUUUCAUGCCAGUCUAACAUCAUCAUUGCUGUUGAUUAUGGAAAUAGCUAUCUAUGUCAAGCUUCAUAUAAAUGGAUCCAUCGUUUUAGCCUCUACUUUAACAGUAUUAAUUAUCUCAAUAUCUGAUCAGUUUGGGUAAAUGAUGUAUUUUAUCUAAUGUCUUUGGAAAAAUCAUGACUAAUGCUUGCAGCAGCUCAAAGCUCCUUCCGAGCUGCUUCUGUGUUGUAGCGUAACAAGUUAUAGUGUUUUAGAAAAUUAUGUUCCCCAACACUGUUAACUGAGUGUAUGAAAUGAAUAAAUAAAGAUCUAUAUAUUUAUACAUUA